AUGCUCAUGAUACAAUGGAACAACUGGACCAGGAACUCUGAUUUCAUCCUACUAGGAUUAUUUGAUCACAGUCCUCUUCAUACUUUUUUCUUUUCCCUAAUUCUGGGUAUCUUCUUCAUGGCCUUCAUAGGAAAUUCUAUCAUGGUGAUUCUCAUCUACUUGGAUGCUCAUCUCCACACCCCCAUGUACAUCCUUCUCAGCCAACUUUCUCUCAUGGAUCUCAUGCUCAUCUGUACUACAGUACCCCAAAUGGCCUUCAACUUCCUUUCUGGAAACAAGUCCAUCUCCAUGGUUGGCUGUGGAAUCCAGAUAUUCUUCUAUGUAUCUCUACUUGGAGCUGAGUGUUUUUUGUUGGCCGCAAUGGCUUAUGACCGUUAUGUAGCUAUUUGCUACCCAUUAAGGUACCCUAUUCUCAUGAGUGACAAAAUAUGUGGCCUCAUGGCUGCCUCCUCUUGGGUUCUUGGCUCUCUUGAUGGUAUAAUAGAAGUUGCAGCUGCAUUGUCUUUUUCAUAUUGUGGUGCCAGAGAAAUACCUCAUUUUUUCUGUGAUGUUCCUGCCUUACUCACACUUUCAUGUAGUAAUACCUUGAUAUUUGAAAGAAUUAUAUUUUUCUGCUGUGUAAUUAUGCUUACUUUACCUGUAGCAAUCAUUAUUGCUUCCUAUACUCGUGUGAUUCUGACCGUUCUUCAUAUGAGCUCAGCUGAGAGUCGCCACAAAGCUUUUGCCACCUGUUCCUCUCACCUCAUGGUGGUGGGAAUGUACUAUGGGGCAGCCAUGUUCAUAUACAUGCGGCCUUCUUCUGGUCGUUCUCCCACCCAGGACAAAAUAGUGUCAGCUUUCUACACUAUCCUUACGCCAAUGUUGAACCCCCUCAUUUAUAGUCUCCGGAACAAAGAAGUAGCCAGAGCAUUCAUGAAAGUGUUAGGGAUUGAUAAGGCAGCAGCAUGA